AUGCCUGACCGACCGCCACCGCCGGUAUUCGAAAUCUGCCUGAGCUCAAGGUUUAUCGAGAAACACCCCUCUGUGGGGAAACAAGGCUGGAUGCGGUUCACGGGGCUUCCCGGUUGGCAAAUGGACCGACCUCUCUCCUACCGGUUCUUGGCACGAGGUCCGUGGUGUUUUGUUUUUGUGUGGCAGUCAGGGAACUGUUGCUGGAAGUGAUGCAACUGUUGGGCUUGCUGGGUAUCCUCUCGGCGGCGGAGAGGGGCUCACGGGGAUGGUUGUUUGGAUUUGAGGAGCACACGUUGAUGAAGCGGGUGCUUCUCGGCUUAGGUAAUAUAGGUCCCGAUUUAUGUUUUCGAGGUUAUUUGGGCGCCUGCCAACUCUCGAGCCCAUACCGAUCUAUCUAGAAUCGCCAAAAUGUGGUUUGAUAUCUAUGACGUGAGGAGAACCGAUUUCAUAUCACCAAUAAUCACUCGGCGCAUCGGGGAUCUGGGUAUUGAAGGCCAUGUUUGA